GGUAUAGGGAUAUAGGCUGGUGAAGAGCAGUCCGGUUCUGGAGGAACUCGUCUUUGUCCCUGGUAGGAGAGACACCCCCAGUCUAUCCUCGAUGCCGUCAGCCUUGGCCAUCUUCACUUGCCGUCCGAACUCGCACCCAUUUCAGGAGCGUCAUGUCUACCUGGACGAGCCCAUCAAAAUUGGCCGCUCAGUGGCCCGCUGUCGACCAGCGCAGAAUAAUGCCACCUUCGAUUGCAAAGUGCUGUCAAGGAACCAUGCUCUCGUCUGGUUUGAUCACAAGACGGGCAAGUUUUAUCUCCAAGACACUAAAAGUAGUAACGGUACCUUUAUAAAUAGCCAGAGAUUGAGUCGAGGCUCUGAAGAAAGUCCACCAUGUGAAAUUCUUUCUGGUGACAUUAUCCAGUUCGGGGUAGAUGUGACGGAGAAUACACGGAAAGGUACGGUUACCCAUGGGUGUAUUGUUUCCACAAUAAAACUUUUUCUACCAGAUGGUAUGGAAGCCCGGCUCCGCUCAGAUGUCAUUCAUGCUCCAUUACCAAGUCCUGUUGACAAAGUUGCUGCUAACACUCCAAGUAUGUACUCUCAGGAACUAUUCCAGCUUUCUCAGUAUCUACAGGAGGCCUUACAUCGGGAACAGAUGUUGGAACAGAAGUUAGCCACACUUCAGCGGCUACUAGCCAUCACCCAAGAGGCUUCAGAUACCAGUUGGCAGGCUUUAAUAGAUGAAGAUAGACUUUUAUCACGGUUAGAAGUUAUGGGAAACCAAUUACAGGCAUGCUCCAAAAAUCAAACAGAAGAUAGUUUACGGAAGGAACUUAUAGCAUUACAAGAGGAUAAACAUAACUAUGAGACAACAGCCAAAGAGUCCCUGAGGCGAGUUCUUCAGGAGAAAAUUGAAGUGGUUAGAAAACUUUCAGAAGUUGAGCGAAGUCUGAGUAAUACUGAAGAUGAAUGUACCCACCUGAAAGAAAUGAAUGAACGGACUCAGGAAGAAUUAAGAGAAUUAGCCAAUAAAUAUAAUGGAGCAGUUAAUGAGAUUAAAGAUUUAUCUGAUAAGUUAAAGGUAGCAGAGGGAAAACAAGAGGAAAUCCAACAGAAAGGGCAAGCUGAGAAAAAAGAAUUACAACAUAAAAUAGAUGAAAUGGAAGAAAAAGAACAGGAACUCCAGGCAAAAAUAGAAGCUUUGCAAGCUGAUAAUGAUUUCACCAAUGAGAGGCUAACAGCUUUACAAGUACGGUUAGAACAUCUUCAGGAGAAAACUCUUAAAGAAUGCAGCAGCUUAGGGAUACAAGUUGAUGACUUCUUACCUAAAAUAAAUGGGAGCACAGAAAAAGAGCACUUGCUUUCAAAGAGUGGCGGGGACUGCACUUUUAUUCAUCAAUUCAUAGAAUGCCAGAAGAAGCUGAUCGUCGAGGGGCAUCUAACCAAAGUGGUAGAAGAAACAAAGCUUUCAAAAGAAAAUCAGGCAAGAGCAAAGGAAUCUGAUUUAUCAGAUACUCUGAGUCCGAGCAAGGAAAAAAGCAGUGACGACACUACAGACGCCCAAAUGGAUGACCAAGACCUAAAUGAACCUCUUGCUAAAGUGUCCCUAUUAAAAGAUGACUUGCAGGGUGCACAGUCAGAAAUUGAGGCAAAACAAGAAAUUCAGCAUCUCCGCAAGGAAUUGGUCGAAGCCCAGGAGCUAGCUAGAGCAAGUAAACAAAAAUGUUUUGAACUUCAAGCUCUUUUGGAAGAAGAAAGAAAAGCCUAUCGAAAUCAAGUUGAGGAAUCCACUAAACAAAUACAGGUUCUUCAAGCCCAACUGCAGAGGCUGCACAUGGAUAUUGACAGUCUCCGGGAGGAGAAGGACAGUGAAAUCACAAGCACUAGAGAUGAACUGCUUAGUGCCCGAGAUGAAAUUUUGCUCCUUCAUCAAGCAGCAGAAAAGGCUGCCUCUGAGCGGGACACAGACAUUGCUUCUUUACAAGAAGAGCUUAAGAAGGUGCGAGCUGAGCUUGAGCGGUGGAGGAAAGCAGCAUCUGAAUAUGAGAAGGAAAUCACAAGCCUGCAAAACAGUUUUCAGCUUCGAUGUCAACAGUGUGAGGACCAGCAGAGAGAAGAAGCAACAAGGUUGCGAGGUGAACUAGAGAAAUUGAGAAAGGAAUGGAAUGUAUUGGAAACUGAAUGCCGUUCUCUAAAAAAGGAAAAUGUUUUGCUAUCAUCAGAACUGCAGCGGCAAGAGAAAGAAUUACACAAUUCUCAGAAGCAGAGUUUAGAGCUUACCAGUGAUCUCAGCAUCCUUCAGAUGACUAGGAAAGAGCUUGAGAAUCAAAUGGGAUCCUUGAAAGAACAGCAUCUUCGGGAUUCCGCUGAUUUAAAAACUCUUCUCAGUAAGGCUGAAAACCAAGCAAAGGAUGUACAGAAAGAGUAUGAAAAGACACAGACUGUACUCACAGAACUGAAGUUGAAGUUUGAAAUGACUGAGCAGGAAAAGCAAUCAAUCACAGAUGAGCUCAAACAAUGUAAAGACAACCUGAAGCUGCUCCGAGAAAAAGGAAAUAAUCCUUCCAUAUUACAACCCGUCCCAGCCGUAUUCAUCGGCCUAUUCCUGGCUUUCCUGUUUUGGUGUUUCGGUCCAUUGUGGUAGAGAAAGGUACAAGCACUACUGUUGAGUCCUUGUCUGUUUGUCCCCGUCACCUGUUUGUGCCAUAUUUGUAAUAUAGUGCAUGGCAAAAACACACAGGUAUUCUGUUACCUGAAGCAAACCCUUCAUUUAGUAUGCCAUGUAUUUGUGUCAUACCAAUGAACUGAAUAGUCAACUAAUCACGUAACAUUUUGUCUUGUUUCCUUUGUAGUAAUGCUAACCAUGAAUUAAUUCCAACCUAACCAGUUGUUAAUAUGCUUCCUUUAACUGAGUCUUUAUCUCUAGCAAACUGGAGUAAACUAUGAAUUUCUACAUUAGUACCCCCCCUUCCUAAUUAUGUGUUUAAUCAGAUUUCAAUGAGAAAUGAAGAGUUUGCCUCUCUGAAGUUUUCAGCCAGCUUUCUUCCCUCUCCUUCCACCCUGUCCCUUCCGUAAUGUAGAGUUUGUUUUAACCCUAUGCCUGUUUAUACUGCGGCUAUGAAGAUGAAAAAGAAUGAGAUUAGCAUAAUGAACCAUUGGCUGGCAGCCUCAACCCCAAUAUGCACUUGUGAGAGUGCAGACCUAUCCCAUAUCUUUCUGAGCCCUGAUCUGCAACAACAGAAUCUUUCUUUAAAACCCAACUUUCUCAAUAAGACUCUCAGAACACAAGUGAAAAUAAAAGCGUCAAUUAAAGUCAGUUUAUAUUAUAGAGCCCUCUGAAAGUCAACAGGUAACGGCCCAUCCAUGCUUGCCUCUAAUCGGCAUGCAUGUUAGUAGAACAUAUGAGAUGAUCGCGUGGCUUUCAGACAGGCAGGAUCCCUAAUGUUACUUCCCCAUCUUGACCCCCAUCUGAUUUUGUCUUCUAUGCUUUCAAGUUAGAGCAUCAAAACCUAGACCAUUUUCUUUCUAUCACCUUAGCCACCAGCCCCUGGUAUAAAAUAUCCCAACAUGUGGGAGUCUGGUUUUCUUCAAGAAAUAAACAUGUUAGGCAGAAACAUACUACAGGCAUCUGUAUACAUCAGUUAUAUUGCAAUAUAUGGAUACGGGAGUAAAUAACACAGGUGGAGCCCAGAGGAUUUCUUAGAAGUCACUACUUGGUUUCAACUGUAACAAAGUUGAAAACUGCCCAGGACUUUCCUGGUAUGUAUUAGGCUUCCAAAUGGUGGUCCUGCUUUUAUGGCUAUCCUCAUACCUGUACUCCCUCACUUUUUUUUUCUUUUCUCUUUAAACUUUAUUCUUAUGAAACAAAAAUAAGAUUUUUCCAAUAUUCUGUUAAGUAUUCAGGACUCCCUGGAACCAAGGGGUUAGUAGGUAUGACAAGAGAGGGGAGAAUGUGAUAUUGACUCUUGGUUUCUUUCCACACAGAAACCCUGGCCCUGGAUGCCCAUGUUGGCUGCCCUGGUUGCGGUGACAGCCAUCGUGCUGUAUGUGCCAGGUUUGGCCAGAGCUUCUCCAUGAGAGUGUUCCUUGAGUCUGUACACCGUCCUCCCUCUAGAAGCUGGCAUCACACUCAUGCUGGGGACAAACAGAACCAUUUUCUUCCUUUUUACCUCUUAAAACAGCAGAAGUACAAGAAUACAGCUGUAGGGUCAUUGCUUUAAAUAAUAUAAAAUGUAUCUGUCUAUAAAGAGGAUAUAAAAUUGUGACUUUAUUCUACUGUAAGCAAUAAUUUGCUUGCAGUUUUUCAUGUAAUUUUUAAAUUAGUAUGUUGAGAUUCUGAAUAUUAUGGUGGCCUAAAGUAGGCUUCUUGGUACACCAAAUUAUUUAUAACAUUAAAUUUAUGAGUAUUUUACUCUGAAUUCUGAUGGCCAGAUAAUUCAUUUUUCUGAUUCGAUAACUACCCAAACCAAACAGCCAAUACAUACAUGGGAGGAGAGGCCCUGUGUGCUCAGUGCCUAUCAGUUUGAAAUAUAUACACAUAUAUAUAUAUAUUUUUUACAUAUUUACGCCAUUUUUACUUGUUAUAAAACCACUGAGCUAUUGGGAACAAGACUUAGAGACAACUAUUUGCGUGAAUUUUUUUUUUAAGGAAAAAUACAUUUGGAAAAUAUUCUGUUAUAGUGAUAAUUUGGGGAAUAUGUGCACGCUUGUUCAGCCUUAAUGUGACUUGAAGAUGUGGAGGACAUCAACUUUGAAAAACUUUCCAUGAGAGUGUGUAUUUUCUUGAGCAAACUGAAGUAUUUCUGGGAGCAAAAACAUAGUAAUUACACAAUUUCAGUGCAGUCAACCAAACUGUCGAGUCAAUUGGAAUGUAAUUUAUUAAACCUCAUGUAUUUAAAGAGAUAUUUUCUUUAAAAGCCAAGUUACUUUCUCAUAUACAGCAUUUUAGGAAGCAUGAUUUUUUUUUUCUAUCAUCUAUUCCUCCAAGCAUGUUUAAUUGAAGAAAGAAUUAAUAUCUCUUUAGAUAAGCUUUUAUUGACCUAAUUUGGUUAUGAUGUGUCGGGGGCUAAUUCACGUUCAAGCUGGGCUGUUGUUACCUACCAACAGAUUCCCAGGUUGGGUAUACAAAUGGUUAUUUUCUUUUUAUUGUUGUUAAUUGGGACUUUCUGUUAAUGAGAAGCACUAUUCCUGAGAUUAAUGGUAUUCUAUGCACAAUGCAGCACCUAAACACUGCUUGAUGUUAUAAAUUUAAAACACAGAUGCGAAAGUUUAGCUGUGGUUUUGUGCGGCAUCAUAGUUAUGUCAAUAAAGUUUAUUUAGGUCAUAGAAUAUCCUAAAGUAUCACAUAGUUAAAUUUUUCAGUCAGUGAAGACUGGGUGGGAAUAUCGGUGAAUUGGUUUGAAUGUACUGUGGCAAUCCACAGGUCUAGCCAAAUAUUGAAAUAGGAGCUUAGGAUUUAAUUUGCCAUGUGAUGUUUGGCAGUCACUGUUUAUACUUUAAACUAAGUUUAUAUUUUAAGCUAUUUGGGAUUGCUGUUGGGAAGAUCACUAGAUUUAUGGAGGAAUUAGUCACAAAUGACUUUAGAAAAUACUGUCAUGUAGUUUCAUUUCAUCAUUUUCUGUUGCAGGAAGCCACUCCACCACAGAAUGCUAAUAUGCCAGUGGUACCUAGUACCUCUUGUAUAUAGGUUAUUGCAAAUAUUGUUCUGAAAUGCUUAACUUCAGAAUUACAUUUUUUAAAGUAAAUAAUUGUUUUAAAUCUAUUUUGUAAAGAUAUAAAGUACCAUAGAAUUUCUGGAGUACAAAUUAAACUAUUUGCACUAACACACGUGAUGUGCAUGAUUUAAUAAAAUAACUUUACUCUCCCUA